GUCCCGAUAUUAUUUCAUGAUUUGUUUCUCAUGUUAUUUUCAUUCUUUUUAAAAACUCUUUUGAUUAUAUUCAAGAUAGUUGUUGGAAAGAGAGUGAAGGAUACGGAUUUCGUUCUUUUUAAAACUUAUCAGCUGAAUAAAUCUACCUUCCAGUGUCGAUGUUUACACUAGCAUUUGAAUCCUGUAACACAGGUACAGAACGAUGACAAAGACUAGAUGGAUUGUCAACUUGUAGCUAUAAACACUUUUCCAACAUUCAUUCAAGAAGUUUAUAUGUCAAUGAACAUGAGUAAAAUUUUAUUUUAGGUACUAGUGAUAAUCGAAUAUAAGUAUUGACAUAUUCUUUCAUGUUUCGUUUUUUCCGAUUGACUAUGUUAGUUAUCUCAAAUUCAUUAUUGAAUUUAUUAGUUUUCUCUAUUUAUAGUCAUGUGAAGUGUAUAAACUUAGGAUGAUGAAUAUUUAUAUCAGAUUCAAAGUUAUUUUUCUUUUAAUAACUGACUGAGUGAUUCAAAUUUCUUAGUAAAUUACAAUUUUUUUUUGUUUUUUUGAUUAGCUCUCAAUUUUUUAGAAAAUCAAUUAUUUUAUUUUUUUUGUUUAUUUUUUCACAUGGUUACAUUAUCAUUUUUUUUUUCUUAUUUUAUAGGUUAUGGUCAUAGUACACCGAAAACAUUUGGUGGUAAAAUAUUUUGUAUGUGUUAUGCUCUACCUGGUAUACCAUUAUGUCUUAUUAUGUUUCAAAGUAUUGGUGAACGUAUGAAUACAAUUAUUACAUAUUUAUUAAAAAAAUCAAAUCUUAUGUGUAAAAUAAAUAAACUUAUUUCACAAACACAUUUAAUGAUUGUUAGUUUUACAAUUGGUUCAAUUGUAUUGACUAUUGGUGCAAUAGUAUUUUCACGUUAUGAAGAUUGGGAUUAUUUAGAUUCAUUUUAUUAUUGUUUUAUAACAUUAACUACAAUUGGUUUUGGUGAUUUUGUUGCAUUACAACGUAAUAAUUCAUUAGCUAAACGUCCGGAUUAUGUUGCAUUUAGUUUAAUAUUUAUAUUAUUUGGUUUAACUGUUGUUAGUUCUGUUAUGAAUUUAUUAGUUUUAAGAUUUUUAACAAUGAAUACUGAAGAUGAAAAACGUGAUCAAUUAGAAGCAGCUGUACACGCACAAGAAUUACAACGCUUACGUGGUGAUGUAAUAUGUGCUGAUAAACAAAAUGAAUUACAAACAUCAUUAUUAACACAACAAUUACAAGGAGAUAAUUAUGAAAGAAAACAAUUAAAUGAUUAUAGUAAUUAUAAUCAUUCAAUAUAUCAACAAAAUAUCAAUCAUAAUCUUAUUAAUUGUAAUCAUAUGUCAUUAUCAAAUUCAAAUUGUUUCAUAAAAACGGGACCAUCAAUAAGAACAUCACCACCACCACCAUCAUCAGCAUCAGCAACAACAACAAUGGCAAUGACGUCAACAGUCAAUAGUUGUUUACAUAUUAAUCAUCAUACUGAUACUUAUCAUAUUAAUUCAAAAAAUGAAAAUUUAACUAAAUUUAAAUUUUGUUUAAUUUGUUUAAAAAAGUUUCAUCCAUUAUCACAAUCAUUAGCAUCAUUAACAUCACCGGGUAUUUUAAAUUCAUCUUUGAAUACAAUGAAUGAUAAUUCACAUGAAAAUAUGUUAAAUAAACCAAUAUCUACAAAUAAAACCACUGCUAGUACUAGUAUUACCUAUAUUAAUGAUAAUAAUAAUAAUAGCGAUAAUAAUAAUAAUAAUCCAUUCUUAAUAAACUGUGUAACCGGUUGUCAGAAUGAACAGUCGACUGUACGUCAUCCAAUUCUAAUCUAUGAUGAAAUCUCGCAACAAAUUUCUUCUAAUUUACAUAAAGACAAUUGUUCAGAUGAAUUAAUGACUUCAUCAAAUUUUCUUCGAUAUGAUCUAUCAUGUAGAAAUCGUUACAUCUAUCCAGAUUGUAUAAAUUCAUAUCGUUAUAAUCCAUAUCAUUCUUUUCAAGAUUCUAAAUAUUCUCCGUUAAUAAUACAACAAUGUUCAGUUGAUGAUUGUAACUGUACAAAUGAAAAACUACGAAACCAUCAGUAUUUCAUUUCUCCUAAAGAAUAUUUAGUAAAUAAUCGGCAACCAGAAAUUACAGAAGGAAAUGAAACUAUUGAAAGUGAUAAUCUGUCCGAAAAUAAGAGUAGUUCGUUUAAUGAUAUCGAUUUAAUCCAACCUCAUUUUCAUCCGAUGUCUGCUUUUAAACCACAUACUUAUGAGUUCACUUCACCGGGUCAUUUCAGUUUGCCUGGUAGGCAUGAAAAUACUAAUGAGGUAAUGUCUACACCAGUACAUUCCUCAUUAGUUGCUCAUGUUUUAAAAUCUCAUAAGCAUAACUUUAAUAAUCAAUAUGUUCUACCUCCAAGACAGUCUUUAAACAGUCAACCACCAUUAUUAUCAAGAGGUGAGACGAUACAUCCAUUGUUAUCUUUAUCAACGCAUCAUCAUAUGGAUGUACUCAAAUCUAAUCAGCCAUUAAUAAAUCCGUUUCCAUUAGAAAUUUUAAAUUCACGAUCAAAUGAAAUUGAAAUAGACCUUAACUCAGUUCCAUAUUUUCAAUGCAAAAGAUAUCCUAGAAUUCAUCAGGAACAACAGAUGCAAAGGAAUGAAGUGAAUGAUUAUGGUGAAGAAAGCGUUGAUUUUGACAAAGAAUAUAUUAACAAGCGUCAUAACCCACAUCAUUAUCAUGAUGAUAUAUUACUAACAAAUGAUGCAAGUAGCAUAGAUGAUGAGAUAAAAUUUUCUGCCGAUUCAUCAAUCUUUGAAGUCAGUCAGCCGGUGUCUACAAAGAGAUCUGCUUCUGUUUGAAGAAAUGGAGGACAGUUCACUCAAAUAAAUAUUUAAUCAUAAUAUUUUCAUGUAAAAAAUUAUACUAUUGACAUUAUGGAAUGUGAACAUGAUAACUAGAUAUCUUUUUAUGAUUUUAUGUAAAUGUUACAUUUUAAAAUAAACUAUUAAGCUUUCAGGUUAGACAAUAUAUUAUUCUCAGAAUAAAA